AUGGGGGAUAUCCAGGGCAAAAGUAGCCUCGAUUAUCAGAGGAUGACAUGGGAUGCGUUGAAGAAGAGUAUCAACGGGAUUGUGAACAAAGUGAACGCCAGUAAUAUAAAGAAUAUAAUUCCUGAGCUUUUUGCUGAGAAUCUGAUACGUGGGAGGGGUCUGUUCUGUCAGUCGUGCAUGAAGUCCCAGUUGGCUUCUCCGGGCUUCACGGACGUGAUUGCAGCCAUGGUUGCUGUGGUGAACACCAAGUUCCCAGAGGUUGGUCAUCUUUUGCUGCGGAGGAUAAUGGAGCAACUUCAGGCGUCGUACAAGCGUAAUGAUAAGCCGAGAUUACUUGCUAUGGUCAAAUUUACUGCGCACCUGGUGAACCAGCAGGUGGUGCACGAGCUUAUUGCCCUUGAGCUGCUGGCAUUGCUGCUGGAAAAGCCGACUGAUGAUAGUGUUGAAGUUGCUGUCGGUUUUGUGACCGAAUGUGGGUCGUUGCUUCAAGAUCUCUCUCCUCGAGGAUUGCAUGGUGAGUUCAGAUUUUAUUUGGACUGCCUCCCAUUUUAUGUUGAUAACGAAAAACGGUAUGAAGAGCUGAAGGAGCAGAUUCUAGGUGAAGAAUCUGAGGACAAUGCCGAUUCGGAUAAUGAUGCAGAUUCAGAGGAUGAGGAUGAUGAAGAGUUUGAGGAAGAGGAUGAGGAACAGAUGAAGAUAAAGGAUGAGACAGAGACAAACUUGAUCAAUCUCCGGAGAACUAUCUACUCGACUAUUAUGUCUAGUGUUGAUUUUGAAGAGGCAGGGCACAAGUUAAUGAAAAUGAAGCUGGAGCCUGGCCAGGAGAUGGAAUUGUGCAUUAUGCUUUUGGAGUGUUGCAGCCAGGAGAGAACCUACCUCCGAUACUAUGGACUCCUGGGACAACGGUUCUGUAUGAUAAACAAGGUUCAUCAGGAGAACUUUGAGAAGAGCUUUGUUCAGCAGUACUCUACGAUUCAUCAACUGGAGACCAAUAAACUUCGGAAUGUUGCGAAAUUCUUUGCUCAUUUACUUGUCACAGAUGCAUUGCCUUGGCACGUCUUAGCCUAUAUAAGGCUGACCGAGGAGGACACGACUUCUUCUUCCCGUAUUUUCAUUAAGAUUCUCUUCCAGGAAAUAUCCGAGCACCUUGGGAUCCGCUUGCUCAACGAGCGCCUGAAUGACCCAGCAAUGCAAGACUCGUUUGAGUCCAUCUUCCCCAAGGAUACCCCCAAGAACACAAGAUUCGCAAUUAAUUUUUUCACAUCCAUAGGGCUUGGUGGGAUCACGGAAAACAUGCGAGAGUAUCUAAAGAACAUGCCACGCCUCAUAAUGCAACAGAAUGGGGACGUGCCGGAGCAGGAUUCAGAUUCUGAUAGUGAGAGUGAAAGCGAGACUGAUUGUGAAGAUCUGCAGAAAAGGAAGAAGAGAAGAAACUAA